AUGGACCGCUGGGAGAGACGGGGAGUUCUCCCAUCGCCUCCACCAGCACAACCGGGGUCUCCACUACGCGCCCCUUCUCCUGGUCCCAGUGGGAUUCGCCUCUCCCUGCCCCAGGAAUACGAUGGGACGACUGCGAUCUGCCAGGGGUUCCUAUUAGAACUGGACUUGUACCUGGCAACCGUCCACCCGGCUGCUUCGGGCCGUGAGAGGACAGUGAGCCGGCUGUCCAAGGUGCCGCAGCAGAGCGGCCCCGCCCAUCCUCUCCUCCUUUUCUCACCCUCCAUUAGCCACGUGACGCACGGAGCAGCAGACUGCACCUUCUCCUCCCGGGUAAAGAGAGAGAGCGAGCGAGACGUUGGGGGAUCCAGAGGGGAGGUGCUAGAGUUUGGGGGGGUUUCGGGACAGUGGGGGCGGUUCCCGGUGUGGAACGCGUGCUGCGAGAGCAUUCUGUCGUUCAGCGUUAGAACUCACAGCGCGGACGGGCUGCUGCUUUACCUUGACGACGAAGGAUUCUGCGACUUCUUGGAACUCUUGUUGCUACAUGGAAAACUCCGCCUACGAUUCUCAAUCUUCUGUGCCGAGCCAGCCGAGGUGAGUUCCGGGGUCGCCGUGAGCGACGGCCACUGGCAUGCCGUGCGUGUGAAACGGGACUGGAGGAACACAAGCCUUGAGGUGGAUGGAAAGAUGGAGGGAUGGGCGGAGGUAAAGAGCAAACGGAAAGACAUGACAGUGUUUAGCCACACUUUUAUGGGCGGGGUUUCCCCAGAGCUCCAUGCCUCGCCGCUCCGCCUCACUUCCCCUGGUGUAAGAGACCACGCCUCUUUUGCUGGCUGGCUCGCUGGGGUCACCAUCAACGGGUCGGUGGCCGUUCUGGAAGGAUCGGAGGGUGUUACCGUGGGAAACGGGUGUGGGCCGGCCCACGUGUGUCAGAACGGAGGGGUGUGUUCUGUUGUCGAGAUGAGGGCCGUCUGCGACUGUACCGGCACCGGCUACAAAGGCAACGACUGCAGCGAAGGUCUGGCUCACCUGAUGAUCGGCGACCAAGGAAAGCUCAGAGCCCGUGAGGACUACGUAGCAACCUUUAAGGGGUCAGAGUAUUUCUGCUAUGACCUGUCUCCCAGCCCCAUCCAGUCCUCUAGUGAUGAGAUCACCCUGAGCUUUAAGACCCUGCAGAGGAACGGCCUAAUGCUCCACACGGGCAAAUCAGCCGACUACGUCAACCUGGCCUUAAAGAACGGAGCCGUGUCACUGGUCAUCAACCUGGGGUCCGGGGCCUUCGAGGCCCUGGUGGAGCCGGUUAACGGGAAGUUUAACGAUAACUCCUGGCACGAUGUCAAGGUCACACGCAACCUGAGACAGCACUCAGGCAUUGGACACGCUAUGGUAAACAAACUCCAUUGUUUGGUGACCAUCUCUGUGGACGGCAUCUUGACCACUACGGGCUACACCCAGGAAGACUACACCAUGUUGGGCUCAGACGAUUUCUUCUACGUGGGUGGAAGUCCCAGUACUGCUGACCUCCCUGGAUCUCCUGUUAGCAACAACUUCAUGGGCUGCCUUAAAGAGGUGGUGUAUAAGAACAAUGAUGUACGGUUGGAGCUGUCUCGGCUGGCUAAGCAGGGAGAUGCUAAGAUGAAGGUGAGCGGUAUAGUGGCGUUUAAGUGUGAGAGCGUGGCGACCCUCGAUCCCGUGACCUUUGACACCCCAGAAUCGUUUGUGGCAUUGAGCAAGUGGAGCGCCAAGAAGGCGGGGUCAAUCUCCUUUGACUUUAGAACGACAGAACCCAACGGACUGAUGCUCUUCAGCCACGGGAAACCACGGCAACAGCAACGCAAAGACCCCCGCACACCCCCCACCCUAAAGAUACUGGUGUUGGUGUUUAAGCAUCAGGGCUGGGGGCACUAUGGUUCUGCUAACUGUAGUCUUCUGCUGUUUGCCUGUGACCAUCUCUGUGGACGCAUCUUGACCACUACGGGCUACACCCAGGAAGACUACACCAUGUUGGGCUCAGACGAUUUCUUCUACGUGGGUGGAAGUCCCAGUAAGGGUCCAGAGACCAUCUUUGCAGGGCUGGGGCUGAAUGAUAAUGAGUGGCACACUGUCAGAGUGGUGCGACGCGGGAAAAGCCUCAAACUCACCGUCGACGACCUGCAAUCUGUAGAAGGUCAGAUGGCAGGCGACCACACCCAGCUGGAGUUCCACAACGUGGAGACAGGCAUUGUGACGGAGAAGCGCUUCAUGCCUGCUGUGCCUUCCAACUUCAUAGGGCACCUGCAGGGCCUCACCCUCAACGGGAUGCCCUAUGUAGACCUCUGUAAGAACGGUGACAUCGACUAUUGCGAGCUGAACGCUGUGAUUGGUUAUAAGAGCAUCGUGGCGGACCCGGUGACGUUCAGGUCACGGUCGAGCUACGUGACUCUGCCAACGCUCCAGGCCUACUACUCCAUGCACCUGUUCUUCCAAUUCAAAACCACCUCCCCUGACGGACUCGUACUCUACAACAGAGGAGACGGAAACGACUUCAUAGUGGUGGAGCUGGUCAAAGGCUACCUCCACUAUGUGUCCGACCUGGGGAACGGAGCUCACCUGAUCAAAGGGAACUCCAACUCUCCUCUGAAUGACAACCACUGGCACAACGUCCUCAUAUCCAGAGACACCAACAACCUGCACACUGUUAAGAUAGACACCAAGGUCACUACACAGACCACUAUGGGGGCCAAGAACCUGGAUCUCAAAGGUGACCUGUACGUAGGGGGCGUGGCUAAAGAGAUGUACCGUGACCUUCCCAAGCUCGUCCACUCCCGCGAAGGCUUCCAGGGUUGCCUAGCAACCGUCGACCUCAACGGCCGAUUACCCGACCUGCUGGCCGACGCCCUUGCUACGACCGGACAGGUGGAGAGGGGCUGUGAAGGUCCCAGUACUACCUGUCAGGAAGACUCCUGCGCCAGUCAGGGCGUGUGUUUACAGCAGUGGGAGGGAUUUAGCUGUGAUUGCAGUAUGACAUCAUUUGGGGGACCGCUCUGCAAUGACGCGGGGACCACUUAUAUCUUUGGUCGUGACGGGGGUGUGAUCGUGUACACCUGGCCUCCUAACGAGAGACCCAGCACACGGGCUGACCGGCUGGCGCUGGGCUUCAGCACACAGCAGAAACACGCUACUCUGCUACGGGUUGACAGCGCCUCGGGACUGGGGGACUACCUACAGCUACAGAUAGAUAAAGGAAAUAUCCGGGUAGUGUUUAACGUGGGGACAGAUGACAUCAACAUUGAAGAGACUGCUAAAUUCGUUAAUGAUGGGAAGUACCACAUAGUUCGGUUUACCCGCAGCGGAGGCAACGCAACCCUGCAGCUGGACGACCUGCCAAUCAUAGAGCGCUACCCCUCAGGCAACAUUGAUAACGAGCGCCUGGCAAUCGCUAGACAGAGAAUCCCCUAUCGGCUCGGUCGAAUAGUUGACGAUUGGCUACUCGACAAAGGCCGCCAGCUGACCAUCUUCAACAGCCAGACGACGGUGACGGUGGGAAGAGGAAAGGAAGCAGGUCAGUUCCAGGGUCAGAUGGCCGGUCUCUACUACAACGGACUGAAGAUACUCAAUAUGGCCGCCGAGGGACACGCCCACAUCCGCCUGGAGGGCAGCACACGAUUGGUUGGGGACAUGCCCUCCUCCUCCAUCACGCCCCAAUCCAGCGCUGCCGCCGGGGGCAACCGAUUAGAUCCCGCCGCCAAUGCCGGCGACAUCACCACGACAACCGUCACAAAUAAGAAGCAAGGAGGAGGAAGUACGCAGCAGUCGACAGACGACCUGCUGGUGGCAUCAGCUGAGUGUCCCAGUGAUGACGAGGACAUUGACCCAUGUGACCCCAGCUCUGCCCACCCCCCUCUCCCGGAGGUCAAGCCGUUCCCGGGGACGUCGGAGGUGGUGAGGGAGUCCAGCAGCACCACGGGCAUGGUGGUGGGCAUCGUGGCGGCCGCCGCCCUCUGCAUCCUCAUCCUGCUCUACGCCAUGUACAAGUACCGCAACCGCGACGAGGGCUCGUACCACGUGGACGAGAGCCGCAACUACAUCAGUAACUCUGCCACCCAGCCUAACGGCAGCACCAAGGACAAGCCGCUGGGCAUCGCCAAGAUCUCCAAGAACAAGAACAACAAAGACAAGGAAUACUAUGUGUGAGGAGAGGAGGAACUAACUAAUAUAUA